AGAAGGAAAAGACCCAUAAAAAAAAUUCUGCAUCUUCUCAUUCCGGUCAUCCAACUCGCCCCAACACCGAGAUGGCACUACCAAUUCCGCUGCCGGCAUUGUCCGACGAUGUCGUCCGCGAGAUCCUCUGUCGCCUCCCCCCGGACGAGCCUGCGUGCCUCGCCCGUGCCUCCCUCGUCUGUAGGACCUGGCACCUCCUCCUCACCGAACCCAGCUUCCUUCGCCGCUACCGCAAGCACCACCGAACAUCCCCCGUGCUCGGCUUUCUCCACAACAAGCGCUUCGUCCCCACCACCGCAGCCGAGCUCCCACUCUCCCCGCCGCCGGUCGACUGCUUCAGUUGGGUGGCCCUCGACUGCCGCCACGGCCGCGUGCUCCUCCACACCAUGGAUCCGACAGGCCUCAUCGUCUGGGACCCGAUCACCGGUAACCAGCUGCGCCUGCCUGAAGUGCCCGAUGAACCGUUCAACCACCUAACCGGAGCGGUGCUCUGCGCGGUGAAUGGAUGCGACCACACUGACUGCCGCGGCAGCCCCUUCUUCGUGGUCUUUGCGGGAACGGCCGACGAAGAAGUCAUGGAGGAUGCCGGUGUCACUUGGGUGAGCGUCUACUCAUCCGAGACCGGAGUGUGGAGCGUGCCAGCUUGGAUUCACCUCGGCCCCAUCUCGAGGUCACAUGACGUGAUGGGCCCCAGCCUACUCGUUGGAAACACGCUCCACUUCCUCCUAGAGGAUGGCCGCAGAAUCUUGAAGUACGAUUUGGGCGGCCAUGGCUUGUCGGUGAUGAACACGCCACCCUUGCGCGUCGGGAACAUGGCCCUAGUGAAGGCAGAGGAUGGUGAGCUGGGAGCCGCCGGUGUGGAGGGCUACAACCUUCACCUGUGGUCAUGGAGGGGCGCUGUAGGGUGGGUACGGGGCUGGUCCAUGGAGCUGGAUAUGAUGCUCUCCAUGGACAUUGGUGACCCCUCGACCAAACUCCUUGUGGUCGGCUUCUCAGAGGGUGCUGACACCAUUUUCAUAAGUGCCAACGCCGGGAUCUUCGCUGUUGAUAUGAAAUCCGACCGUGUCAGGAAGAUAUGCGGGAGUGGAGACUUCGACGCCAUCAUUCCCUACGCAAGCUUCUACACUCCUGAUUAUGCUAGUGGGAGAUUGCAACCACCGGUGGGUAUGCAAUGAUCCUCACUGAACUUAGCAUGCUACGGUGAGCUUCUUGCAGAGCCGACGCCGGAUGUAUUCUGAUUCAGCAUGUCGAUUAAAGGUGCGGAUGAGGAACAGUGUUCCCAAGCACUGGAAACGGCUGGUCACCUGACAUAUAACUAGAAAGAGCAUAACCGGAGUUAUUGAGAAUUCCGAGCUUAGGCUCCUGGAGAUAUUUAUGUUCCUCAAAAAAUAAAUAAACUUCAAGAUCAAUUAGUUUCUUGAUGUUAGCUUUCAGCCAUAUGUAUCAAAACGUCUGGAUUGACUCAUGUAACUUCUUCUUUCUCCUUAAACGGAAGAGCAGCUCCUAACCAUGAUUCCUUCAAAGGAAAAGUUCAAAUUUGGGGAAUGGAAGUUCUUACUAUAUGAAUUGCC